AUGGGUCUCCGUAGCUUGGCAGUCCUGUCUCUUCUAUUUUCCUUCAAACUCGUCACUGUCAACGCCGAUGUCAACACCUACGAUUAUAUUGUCGUGGGCUCUGGUCCAGGUGGCGGCCCUCUGGUAUCCUACCUCGCGAGAUCUGGUGCUACAGUCCUCCUCGAAGCUGGCGAUGAUCAAAGCAAGAACCUGAACCUCACUGUGGGAGGCCUCUUCAAACAAGCUGGCAAUGAUAAGAAUAUGAGAUGGGACUUCUUCAUUAAUUACGGCACGGAUCCCAAACUGGACGCUUAUCACCCGAGAGCGAGAACAUUAGGAGGAUGCUCGACGCACAAUGCUAUGCACUUCAUGGAUCUCGACAACGACCAUGUAGUCCCUCCGGGAACCAAGGGCCAUGGCUUCGGCAGAUUCCUCGAUAUCUCCGUCAAUAGCCCCGAAUACCCGAGAAAUCAAAGCGACGCAGAAACAAUCUUGGCAACAACAGCAAAGAAUUUGGGGCAACCACAGACAAACGUCUUCGCGAUGGUAGCAAGGAACUUGAAUAACAACGAUGCAGACCGCGACCAACAAUUGGGACAGAGCAUGUACAAGGCUGAUCCAGGAUACAAUGCUAGUAACCCAGGAAUUAAGAAACAAGCUUUCGCACGCAAGGAAGUCAUCAUUUCCGGUGGAGCUUUCAACACUCCACAACUGCUGAAACUCAGUGGCGUCGGUCCAAAAUCCGAGCUCACAAAACUCAACAUCUCAGUUGUGGUUGAUCUUCCAGGCGUGGGAACCAACCUCCAAGACAACUUGGAAGUUGGAACCAGUGCUACGGCCAACAAGCCAGCCCUCGCGAACCUCGGACCGAUUUACACCUGGGAUGCACCAAGAGAUCCAUGCUUGGAUGCGUGGUAUCAAGGGAAGGGGAUGCACGCCCAAAGUCCUCUGAAUGCCAUCGUAGUCAAGACCAGCAACGCGACAGAGAGAGAUCUCUUCAUCUUCAGGAUCACCUCCGCGUCCUUCCGCGGCUACUGGCCAGCUCUGACAGUGAACCCCAUUGCACCAGAUCCACGCAGGACAUGGGAUUUCUCCAUGGUGAAGAUCCACCCCCAAAGUUGGAUGGGCACGGUCACGCUGAACUCUGCUGACCCGAGAGAUACCCCGGAGAUCAACUUCCGGUUCUUUGAAGGCCCAGGCUCGGACGCUGAUAUUGCAGCGAUGGCUAAAGGCAUGCAGCCAGGAAGAAGCAUCUUCGAAUCCAUUCCGGCGCCGCUUGACAAAAGGUGUGAUUUGAAGGAGAAGGUGUUGCCUCAGUCUCGGUCUUAUCAUGCGAGUAGCAGUUCUGCUACUGGCGCCGAUAGUGACCUAAUGACUGUGUUGGACGCGAGCUUCAGGGUGAGGGGCACAACAGGUCUCCGAGUCGUGGAUGCUAGUGCAUUCCCGAGGGUUCCUGGAGGCUUUCCCGUCAUUUCAACCUUCAUGAUAAGCAUGAAGGCGUCAGAGGAUAUCUUGCGCGAUGCAAAGGCUACGUAAGCGGAUAAA